UAGAAAAGUAAACAUAAAUAUACGCUUUUCGCGUUUUAACAUCAUUCCGCAGUGUUUCUACUCUUUGAUCAUGAAUUUAAUGUGUCCAAUUUGCUCGGACUUGUUCGUGCCUUCCGAUGAAGUUCAUAUAACUCCAUGUGGGCAUAUGUUUCAUCAUACUUGUCUUCUGCAGUGGCUGGAGCGGUCGAAAACUUGUCCACAAUGCCGAAAUCGUUGCGCCGAGACGAGGCUUGUUAAAGUGUAUUUCAACAUCGCUGCUAACCUCGAUACUACUGAGGACAGUGCAUCAUUGCUUCAAAAACUCGACGACAUGACGUUCAAAAUACGAGAAAAAGAAAAAUCAUUAAAAGACUUCGAGCAAAAGAUUGUCGACCACAAAGGAGAGCAAAAGAAAAUGAGACGAAUUUUGCUCGGACUGGAAGAGCAGUUGCGCUCUAAGGAAUCAGCAAUCCUUGCUUUCAAGCAUGAAAAUGAUAUGCUCAAGGGUGAUCGUAAAAUCAAGCAGCAACUCGAAGAAGAACUAGCCAUUUUAAGGCCCCAGCUCGAAUCUUAUGCAACGAUAAAACAGGCGCUCAAGUCCACAGUUCAGGAAGUGGAUCAAAUGUUAGCUAGCGAUACUAGUCGGGCGACGGUCGUGGCCGUCGCUGCAGCGCUAAAGCGUGAGCUACAGGCUCAGGAAAUAAAAAGAAAAGAACAAUCUGACCGCAUACAUCGUCUUCAGAAUGAGCUCAGCGAUGAACGAAAGAGAAGGAAAGCUCGGGAGGACACCCUCUCAGCGUGCGAUAGUGAAAUUUACCGUUUGCAACAACUCUUGAAGCAAAAGACAUCUGAAAAAACUUCCAAUACAUCAGCCAAUAGUGAGGAUGGUUCUUUCGACGAGGAAGCCGUACCAAACACACCUGAUCAACGUGAAAGUCGCCGCAAGAGACCGUUGAACGAUCUUAACGCCAGCACACCCAUGUCGGAAAAGGUCCGCAAGAUUAUGGACUCCACCUCGCCGUAUUUAAGAAUAAAAACAAGCAGCAUUGGGCUCGCGCCAUUGAUGGGAGUAGGUAAUAAGAUUACAGCAAACCCGCCUACAUCUGCAGGUACUUCCGCGAAACCAGGCAGCAGCACUAUGCAAUAUUCAAUCUUCCGCAAUCGCCGUCCAGCAAACAUAAUUUCAACGAUUUCUUCAAAAGCGAGUAGUGUGGAAGGAAACGAAAAAAACACGGAGAACACUGCUGAGGACAGUGAAACGGUGGUAUCCGAGCCACGGUUCAAAUUGACAUCGUCAACGGUUGUCGCUCGGUUAAAAACGGGCAAGUUGACCAGGCAUCCGUCGACUGUAAUGCAAAAUCAUACUGCCAUUGAUCAACUUAACAGAGUCCCAAACCUAGAACUAGCCGAUCUAGAAUGAGCGAAAUUCGUACAAAUAUCCCGUUGUUACAAGUACUCUCUGAGAGGAGGAAAUAAUAAAUGUUUGAAUAAGUUUGAAAUAAAUUUAUUUCAUUUCCGUUUGUACGGCCAAUGAGCACUU